CUGCAUCGACAAGAAGAGCAGCGCCGAGCUCUCCGAGGCCAUCAACUCCAUGUUCGCCUGGUACCGCGGCGCCUCCAUCUGCUACGUUCACCUGGAAGACCUCAAGCCCGGUGGGACAAGGGUCGAUCUACGUCAGUGCCGGUGGUUCACGCGGGGCUGGACGUUACAGGAGCUGCUGGCGCCCGCGGAUAUGACGUUUUACGAUAGCACGUGGGAGCCCAUCGGGACCAAGGAGACUCUGGCGUAUUCCAUUGCUUCCAUCACGGGCAUCGACGUCGACGUCCUCAUUUACCCGCAGACCCUCUCCUCCGCCUGCGUCGCCAAGAGGAUGUCGUGGGCGUCUAGCCGCCAGACGACGCGGACCGAGGACACGGCGUACUGCCUUCUCGGCAUCUUCCAGAUCCACAUGCCUCUGCUCUACGGCGAGGGUCACGAAGCCUUCCGCAGGCUACAAGAGGAAAUCAUGAAGGUCUCGACGGACCAGAGCCUUUUCGCGUGGGACUGGACCGAGAAGACGAUGGACCCCCGCCGCGACCUCUGGGUCACGCUGCUGGCGCCGCACCCAUCCGCAUUCUCGGGUUGCGGACAGGUCGUGAAAUGCAGAACCGCCGCGGACGACAACUGGUCCCUCGUAAAGGAAUUCACAAUGACGAAUCUAGGUUUGAGCAUGACGCUGCCCCUCAUCAGAACAGCCUCCUCGACGACAGUCUACGCCGCCAUCAACUGCAAACACGACAUCAAGAACCACGACGAUACAGUCAUUUGCAUCCCGCUCUGGACCACGUCCUUCACAUCAACAUUUGGACGGCACAGGUCCAGACCGCAGGCGAACCUCCCGAUCCCGCUGGCCAACGUAUCCAUGCCCGCCCGGUACGCCGCGCGCCGCCGACAGCAGGCCAGCCGCGGUUCUUCAUUGGUCUCGGUUUCUUACUUCCCGCGCUUCUCCGAACUGCCGGGCUUCAAAAUGUCAAGGUCCUUUCAGAAACAGGUUCUGCCGGCAUACGACGUCGAGCGCGGCAGGACGCCAGAGUUACUGUUCCAGCUGUUCUCGUGUAACGACGCGCUGACGUCGUGGCAGGUUGGCGACGACGCGGAGGCCGAUCCGCAGGAGUACCUGCAGACGGCGGCGCACGCGAGCAAGACGUUUGCGGGGAAGGAGGUUCAUGCCUUUUGUGUGAAUCUCGUUCAUCACGGCAGCAGCUUCAACGGACCCAACGGCGCCGGGGCUAAGCCGCGACGGUGGUGUCUCAUCAUCAUGUGGUGCGAGGCGUCCGGGUGGAAGAGGGUGUUUUUCAAAGAGGACAAGGGCAAGAAGGUCUCGCCGGAAGCGGGGAAGCGGUUCAUGGACUUUUUGCUCGAGACGUCGUGGUUUGCGUUGCACGGGGAUACUGCUGCGUGUGAUGGGUUGAAGGUUGAGGUUGGGAUGAAGCAUGAUCCGCCGAGGGAUGGGUAUUGUCCGGUGGUGCCUUUGUAUUUUGAUAAAGAUUAUUAAUUGAUUAAUAUCCCAU